AAAGCAGGUGGUAGCCCGCUGAUUCAUACCAACCCAGUCCCCAGAGUGCUAAUUCAAGCAGCAGAAGACAGUGGCUAAUUCAAAAAUAACAAAACAAUCGUGUAAAUUUCAUUUUCAUAAACAUCACCACGUGUUAUUAUACUGUGAAAAAAUUAUAAAGUAUAUUUAUUGUCGAUACACUUAGGUUGGUAGCUAGCUAAUUAUAUCCGUUUCGAUCCCACAAAGUCUUUUUCAUUUGUGUAUGAAAAGCUUUCGUAUUAACGUAAACCGCUCAAGAUAGAAUGCAUAACCAUGGGUUAUACACCCAUCAAUAACCAAAUUUGGACCCUUCAUUUAGAAAAUCCAGAUCUAAGGAUGGAGAAUUAAAGACCAUUUUUAUUUUCCAAACUUUCUUAAUCGGCUAAUAUCUUUUUCGUUUUAACUCAGAUUUUAAUUUUUUUCCACAGAUGGAACGAGUUCAUCGUGCUCUACAAAAUAAGAUCAAUUUUCAAUAUUUUUUGAGAAAAAAAAAUUCUGGCCUCUCGGUACCAACUGCAUACCAUAUGGUAUUUUCUUCAUUUUUAAUUCGUUUUUUGAAACGUUUGCACAGAAGAGACGAGUUCAUCAUGAUCUAUUGGAUCUACAAAUUUCUGGGUGAACAAAUUACAUGACCAAAAAAUACCACACAAUACCAUACAAUACCACCCUGGUACGAGGUGGUAUCUUGUGGUACACAAUGAUAAAAGUCGUAAAUGACAGUUAAUAUACUUCUACUAUCAUGUAUUCAACCAUCCUACAGUCUUGGUUUGUUCAUACCACCAUGGUACGCUUUUCAAACCAUAGGUAUGCUCUUAUUUCAAUACCAAUCAAUAUCAUAUGGUAUAGACUGGUAAAAAAUGGUUCAAUUUUUUUUGUUCGAAAAAUAUAUCAAAGUGGAUAUCAUUUUGAAGAGCACAAUUAAUCUGAUCUAACUGUGCAAAAAAUUUAAAUUUCGACUUAAUCGAGUGAGAAAUCGUCCGUCAAAAAUUAAGAAGGGUAAAUUAAAGUCUUUCCAGGAGAGAGAUGCUGAUAUCAUACUGAUGUGAGCUGGUUACUCAUGGUUACUCACCGUAAGGUUACUGACAUGAUCCGUUCCUAACGUAAACUUCUAGUAUUCAAAUCUUAUACAUAUAUAUAUAUAUGCCUACUCCGUGCUCCGAGAAUCUUAUUAAUAUGAAAUACGUACAUGCAUGCAAUCAAUCAGGUCAUUAUCAGCUGCUGAUCUCACUAAUCAAAAUAUAUGGAAGAGGAAAAAGGGUACAAGUUGGUAGCCUGAAGAAUAUAGCUUUUAGUUGAGUUUGUGAGAAGCAGCCGUUAUUUGAAACCCAUGUAUAUUUCUAGAAAGAGUGAGCAAAGACUGCAUGCCAUUGCCGUGCCUUACAUUUCCAUCUCUUUGUUUAUUCAGCUCCAUAGCUUCCAUCUUUGGGUCAACCAUCGGGUUGGAAUUGGACACUCCAUUUUUCCCAUUUCACAAGCUACGUAAAGUAAACCAACUAGAAAUUUAUAUCACAAGAGAAAAAAACAAGAAUCGUUUCAAAGCUACCCUUCUACCUAUCUACCAUAGAAUUAGAACCCUCCAGACACAUUAAGACUAUUAGCUUUUUCCCUUCUCUUAUUAUAUCCCCACAACACUCCUCCUUGUACACCAAACCCAUUCUCUCUCUCCCUCUCUCUCUCUCUCUAUCUCUCUACAUUGACAAAAGGAAGAAAAAAGAAAAAAAAGAGGAGUACAUGGGAACUUUGGUGGGUCACGUAGCACCAGGGCUAGCAUUCUGCCUUCUCGGUGUGUGGCAUCUUUUCAACCACACCAAGCUCCAUUCUCAAAACCCAACUUCCUACUUCGCCCACCCAUGGUUCCCAACCUCGAAGCUCAAGCACGUAGAGCUCUACCUCAUCAUGGCCGCGACCUCCAUCUCCGUCGCCAUGGAGCUCUUCAUCGGGCCCGAGAGGCACCAACCUUUGGACCCGGACGGCACCAUCCCUUCCAACCACCUCCACAACUUCGAGCACGCUUCCAUCUCCGCGGCCUUCUUCACCUACGCGGCCCUUUCCAUCGUCCUCGACUGGGCUCGGCCCAAGGCCCAGUUCGGCCUGACCCAGUUGCUUGGCGCGGUGGCGUUCGGGCAGCAGCUCCUCAUGUUCCGCCUCCAUUCCUCCGACCACGUGGGCGUGGAAGGGCAGUACCAUUUGCUUCUCCAGUCCGCCAUAGCCGUCUCCUUGGUGACGACACUCAUGGGGAUCGGCCUACCUAGGAGCUUCAUGGUCAGCUUUGUCAGGUCCACCAGCGUUUUCUUCCAGGGUGUUUGGAUGGUUGUGAUGGGCUAUGCGCUGUGGACGCCUUCCCUCGUGGCGAAGGGUUGCUUCAUCAACGAGGAGGAAGGGCACAAGGUGGUGAGAUGCAGCGGCGAGGAGGCCCUCCACAGGGCGAAAUCUCUUGUGAAUAUUCAGUUCAGCUGGCUCCUGAUUGCUGUUGCGGCUUUCGUUGUGGGGUUCUACUUGGUGUUGCACAGGCUUUACGGCCGAGGAAUUGAGUACACUUCAUUGAUGACGAUGAGAGGGGAUCAGUUGAUGGAAGAUAGUGAAGAUGUUGAAUCGCAGAAGAAUGGUCCGAUGAAGAGCUUCAUUCAAAUGGGGAAGAUCAGUAGUUGGGGGAAGGUUCGUGACAAUGUUGAAAGGUGAUUAUUAAGAAAAGGCAAUUAAUAAAUUAGUUAAUUAUGAAAUUGGAUUAAGAAAAGUUAAAAGAAAAGAGGGUAUUUUAGUUAGGUAGUGGUGGUGUGUGUACAUCUUUGAUUGGUUGUUGGGAGUGGAGAGGGUGGUCAGCUAGACAAGUUUUUAAUCAAUUAAGUAUUCAAUAAUGUUUUGCUUAUUUGGAACAAUGAACCUAUAGGAAAAGAAAUUGGGUGUUAAAUUUAAUUUUUAUUUUAGGAUGGGAAACCGUGAAAAUGGAGGAAGCUUCUAAUUCCUUUCUAUCCGCUUUGGUAGUCGUCAUCUUGCCUUGGACUAAAAAAAUAUGGCCGUACUUGCGUAUUAAUCAUCUCCAACUUGGAAUUUGACACCAGCCUUCAAUUUCAAUCUUGAGAAACUUUCUAUUUAGGACCUCAUACUUUUGUUGAUACUUUGUAUUAAGGACCUCAUACUUUUGUUGAUAUUAGCUCAUCUGCGUUUUAAAAAUUUUAAAGACCACAAUUAAUUCAAAAUCUGGCUACGCCACUACAUAUAUAUGUAAUUAAAUUCCACAAACUAAAUGAAGUCUGAAAUGGUCCCGUGGUAGGUAGUGAUGGCAAUGGGGCGGGGCGGGUACCUCAAUUCCCAUGCCCCGCCCCAUGCUACUACGGGUCGGGGCGGGUAAAACCCGCGCGGGUACGGGGCAGGGCGGGUCGACCCACUCUUACAUGUUGUUCAAAAAAAAAUACAAGUAAAUUUUACUUUUUACAAUAAAAGGUAGGGAAAAACACUUUAAAAAUGAAAAAUAUUGAUAAUAGAAUGGAUAAUUGAGC